GAUCAGAAAGAUUCGAUCCAAUUGAUUCGGCCGUAGCAAGAUAAUCCAGAUUUCUAUCAACACUGUCUCUUCUAAAUAGUCAGGAUUUGAAGCUUUUUUUUUACUUACCCUCGAUCUUUUACCCAGAGCUACAAAUGGCGGCGAUGUCUUCUCCAUCCUCCCAUGAAACCCUAAUUCACAUUGUUUUUGUUCCCUUGUUAUCCCCAGGCCAUUUCAUCCCCAUGAUAGAUCUGGCUAAGCUCAUAGCUACGCGUCCUGGCGUUAAAGCCACCAUCUUCAUCACUCCCACUAUUGCAGCCAGAUACAACCAAUCGUCGGAAUCCGAUUCAAUCCCCAUCAGUUUCGUCCAAAUACCUUUUCCGACCGACGAAUUUGGCCUGCCGGAAGGCUGCGAAACAGCAGACACACUCCCGUCGGGACAAUUGGGCAAGUACGGUUCUGCACUCAUGGUAUGGCAGACUUCAGUUGAGCAUUUCAUCGAAAAGAUGGAGCCUUUUCCAACUUGCAUGAUAUCCGACAGGUUUAUUCCUCAAAUUGCCGGAUUUGCAAACAGGUUAGGUCUUAAAAGAGUCAUCUUUGACGGAAUGGGUUGUUUAGGUCUUUUAGUUACUCAUCAAAUUGAAGUAUCUAAAAUUGAUCAAACUGUUGAAGAAUCAGAACCUUUUCUUGUUCCUGGUUUACCCCAUGAAAUUGAAUUAACAAGAAAACAGAUACCCAAUUUCAGUUUACAGGAAUCACCUUCAGUGAUAGAAUAUCAAAACAAAAUAAAAGAAGUUAAUCGACGAGCUUACGGGAUCUUAAUCAACAGCUUUGAAGAAUUAGAACCUGAUUACAUAAUGGAAUUGCGAAAAAUACACAAAAACAGAGCAUGGUGCGUUGGACCCUUAUCUUUGUUGAAAAAAGAAAAAGCAAUUGGAGGAAACAAAGCAGCAAUCGAAGAGCACGAAUGUCUUAAAUGGCUUAAUAAUCAAGACUCGGGCUCCGUUAUUUAUGUAUGUCUUGGAAGUCUGAGUAAAAUCGCUCCAUCGCAGAUGGCGGAGCUGGGCAUAGCCCUGCAGGCAUCCAACCGCCCCUUCAUCUGGGUAUUGAGGGCAACGGAGACGAAGGGGGAGAUAGAGAAAUGGAUGUCGGAAAACAAGUUCGAGGAAAUGACAAAUGGUAGAGGUCUUUUGGUAUGGGGAUGGGUGCCCCAAGUACUUAUUCUGUCUCAUAAGGCUGUUGGGGGAUUUCUUACUCAUUGCGGUUGGAAUUCGACUAUUGAAGGGAUAAGUUCGGGGGUUCCGAUGAUAACUUGGCCUCUUUUUGGGGAACAGUUUUUCAAUGAGAAGUUGAUUUCGCAGAUUUUAGGAUUUGGUGUGAGUGUUGGAGCAAAGAUAUCUAUUGGUAUUGCAACGGAACAAACAGAGGUGAAGGUGCUCAUAAAAAGUGAGGAGAUUUUGGAAGCGAUCGAGAAGGUGAUGGAUGGAGACGAUGGAGGAAUGGAGAGGAGGAAACGACUGAGGGAUAUGAGUGAGGCGGCGAAGAAAGCGACGGAAGAAGGUGGAUCUUCUUAUCAUAAUCUUACUCUAUUGCUUCAAGAUUUGAUCCUUUCAUAAUCUAUAUAAGAGUAGGAUGAAAUAAAAGUUUCCUUGCUUAUGAAAUAAAAGUGUUAAAAUCCUCGUAGAUGCAUUUGAAAAUUUUAAUUUGUUAUCAAAUAAAUUAUCAUAUAUAAGGA